AUGGCACCAACAACCUUCCACUUGGUCAAGCUCAACAACAGCGCCACGGGAGGAGCCUUUCUUCAAUCCAUUCGCUCUCUCCCAUCACAGAACCGUCCACUAUACAUUGGACAAUGCCAUCAUUGGAUCCACGCCCCACACCUCUCCGUGGAAGCCCUCACUGGCAGCGGCGAUACCAUGCAACGCUGGGACUACCUCCUGAUCUUGACGACCCAGUCCCUCCCCGACACCCUCAAACUGUCCGUUGAGGCAACAUGGUCCAUCACAGCCAUCGUAGACGACGAACUACUCGCCAACCUCGCCGAAGCGAAACGCCAGCGCGGCGCCGCCAUCACUCCUCCACUUCCACAAGGCUGGUGCCCGACAGACCACAGCGGCCUCGACGCCGCAGAGCCACCGUCUGAUCUUGAAACCUCUCUUGCGCUUUCAUCUUACCGCCUUGGGUCACCCAAAGACUCCAAUGCCAGACCAGUCGCCUUGAAAAACUGGGUCGCCGAAUUCGGCUCUCGCCACACUGGCCCCGUACAAAUGUUCAACCUUCUCUCCUAUCUCCCCUCCGGCCGCGCGCAGUACUUCAAAUACGUCGCUGCUUUCAUCGAAUCCGUCGGCAGCAGCUAUGGGGGUGACCCGGUGUUCAUCGGUUUCGGCGGUGUCGUUGACUGGAGCUCGAAGGACGACGAGCAGAACGAGGAAGGCGUGGGGUGGGAAGAUUGUGCGUUGAUUCAUUACCCGAGUAUUUGGCAUUUUGCAAAGAUGCUGGAUGACCCUGCUUAUGCGGAUGUGGAUCGGAGGUUCAAGCAGGGAGCGUUGAGGGACAAUCCGUUGGUCUGUUGCUCGGAGAUUGAUUUAGAGUAG